UAAAUUUUAAAUUAAUAGAAAUAGAAAAACAGUCUGCUUAGUCAGUUGUUCUCUUUUAACGAGCGAUUAGCUCGCAUGCUAACAUUAAUGUACAUACAUCCUUAUCAAACGUUACCAACUGACGUUAGUUUGAUCCUUUAUAAACAUAUAUUUUUUAGCGCUCUCCUGCGUCCACUUGCUAAAACACACAUCGCUGUGUGAUCCUGGAGUAAAAUUAACAGCUGAAGUCCACUCCGGGUUUUCUUGUCCACUCUUUCCUCCAGAGCCGACGAGUUUUUUCGGCCAGCGGAGCCCGUAGGUUGCGUCUGGCGGAGGGAGAGAGCGGGGGCUGCCCUGAAUGGAUUGGCAUAAGAGGGAUUUACAUUUUAACGGGUGCCGUGCUCCGCGAAGACUACACGGUGGUGCACGUUGAAAAACAACUAUACCGACUCGCUCGACAUAUGUUCAUGUUGGUGCUAUUAUCAUGUCCAUGUGUCACCGUCGAGAAAGGAUUGAACUUGCCAGCAGUCUAUAUUUGCCGAGGAGGGAAACCAAUACAAGGUCUCGCUGUCUCGCUGGAGCGGAGUAUUAUUAGCAGUUCAGACAGUGCAACUGUCUCUCUCUGGUAUGUAAAGCAUUUCAGCCAGUAAACGACGUGUAAAUAAAAACCUCACGGACAACAAAACAAGCCGUACAAAAGUGAGGUUUUCGGCCGUGUUGUGGGGUUUAUAUGUAGACGGCGCUUUAAAUGACAGCGGUCAAGUGCAAAAAUAAUAAUAAACAGCGACACUGAAGGCGUUUUUACACGGUAAUAACCUCCUCUUCCGCCAGCCAGAAAGACGAAAACAGGAUCCGACCUCCGGCCAGAGCCCACUCCUCAACGUGUUUGCCCUUUAAACUGUUAAAGCCACGUUAACCAAGCAGGAAGCCGUAGUAUUUGUUUUUAUGUAGUUCUCCCGAUUUUAUGACGUUUAUGUAAAAUAUCCUAGUCAACAUUGGUGCAUUAAAUUGUCUUUAUUGACGUCAACCUUCAAGCACUUGAUCGUCCGAGUAGAUGUUUCAGGCGUGGCAAAAGUGUCAUUUAAAGCAAAGUAAAGAAAAAUGGACUUAGCUUUGUACAAGUUCUGCAAAAUGUUUGUCAUGCACUGCAAUUACACCAUAACUACGGCAUCAUAAUUUACAGUUCAAGAAUAAAACACAGAAGAGGAAGAUUUUUGAAAGUAAAAUUGUCUGCUGAUUAAGAGAUAAACAUUCAUCUGGCUCCCAUGCUGGCUUUCAGAAAUCCUCCCCUCCAUACCCUCAGCCAUGCCUGCUACUACCAAACCCGCCAGGAGACAGACACCUGCUCAGAGAAAAAAUGGCCAGAAAGUUAUCAGCAGCAAAAGGCAAACUUGUAACUCAAAUAAACCCAGAGGCAGAGUUGCAGAGAGGCUCCAGAAAACACCAGCAGCACCCAAAAAGUCAACAGCCAGGGCUCAGGUACGGUCGGGCCAAAGCCCCCGUGGAAGAGGGGUUAGCGGGCCUGCUGGUCAGGGCCCUGGGAGGUCGCCUGGCAGAGUUAACCAUGCCCUAAAUGUAACAGGAUCUGCAAGGCUUAGACGGCUGAGUAAUCCACCUGACCACUGUGGCGAGUUAGAAGACCCCCUAGGGCGAAGGAAGUCCCUGCGGGGCGCACUGGUGUCUGCUUCUCCCUGCCAGCCUCCUAAACCUAGCAGAGGAGGGAGAAACAGCAGGGGGAGCGCGGGGAGAGGAGCAGCAUCAGGUAACACAAGAAACCAGCUUACAAGCACCAGCAUCAACGAGUCAACUCCCGAUGAGAAAAAUGAGAAACUGGACACCUGCGACGCUCAAGAGAUCCUUCCGGUUUCUCUGAAAACUGAUUUUGAAGUCCUGGCUAAUAUAAAAGAUCAAAGUCUAGAUGUCAGUAAUGCUAAAGAGGGCAGCCCUCUUAAAGCUGAUUCGCCACCGUGUAAUGACACACUGGAGGACUGUAUGCAGUGCAGCUGUGACAGUACCAUAACCGAGCAAGACGAAAAGACUGUCAGCCAUAACAGUGAAGAUGACCUGAGGUGUGUGACCGGGGCUCCUGUGUGUGAUGAUGUUGAUGGACAGCUAGAACUCUGCAGUGACAGAAGUAAAGAUAGCCCUUCUGAGCUUGCUGUGCUAACGAGUAGUGGCUCACCAGGGGUGCAAGGCGGCAGCGAGGGAGAUGACAGUUCAUCUAUCUUAGGAAAUAAUCUUGAUCAUCUUGUCAGUGAUGGCAAGCAAGAUGAUGUGUUUACUCUGCAUCAAGAGGAAGGCAACACGCUGGACUUUAAAGAGAGUAGGACGGAUGAAAGAGUGAUUGUUGACACUGAGAGGAAAGAGGAGAUAAGUCAUGAGAGGAGUGAGAGUUUAGAGGCAGAGAAAGUAGUUGAGAGACUAGAUGAGACUGAGGAAGAGAUGGAGGAGAUUGUUGAGAGGUUGGAUAAUUGUGAAGGAGAAGAAGGAGGAAAUAAAGAAAAGAAGAAUGAUGUUUUCAUCAAUCCUGCUGACUCCAACCCCAGCACUUCUGUCUGUCAGCCUCCAGAUCCACCUCCCACUAACGAUGUGCUGACAGCACUGUCAGAAUCACUUGUAAGGGUGCUACCUGUCUCCAACACAGCUACCUCAAAUCCCACCAAAGCCCCCACCACCUCAGAGUCACUUGAACUAGAGGUUCUGAGCCAGGGUAAGACAGACAUGCAACCAACCAUUCAUGGUGCUAAACCUCAAUUCCCAGGGUUCUCUGCUGUCCCUGAGACUGCCCUGUUGCCGCAGACCGCUCUAGUGACACGUAGUACACCGGUUAUUAUCCGUAGUGACUCCCUCAAACCUUGGAGCUUGAAGGAGUCAAGUCAGGGGGAAGCACAACAACUGCAAAGCCUUGAGAGCUCUUCUCCUCAGGAGGAAAGACAAGCUUGCACACCAGUGAAGACACAGACCAAAGAUAGUGAAUCCAAUCGAAACCCAUUUGAGCGCCACAACCAGAAAGAGACUUCUUCGCUGUCACUGUCACUAGUUCCUCAGUCGAGCACAGAUGCCCUUACAGCUGAGCGUGAACCAAACCUCAGCGAGAGCAGCGUUGUGGCGGCGGCGGUGCCAGAGCAGGACUCAGUGCCAAAGAUCUCAACUCCCUCUCUGGACAGUAGCUCCACAUUCUCCUGCAGCUCGGAAAGUACUCGCUCCUCUUUUUCUUUUGACACUGAAUCAGAAGCAGGGUAUGGAGAGCCCGGUCCCUCCGUUAUGCCAGGAUCCUGGGGGCCAGAGGGGGCCUGUUUGCCCUCCUGGACCACUCCAAAACCACAGAAAAAGGAGAGGAAGAAGCGGAGCAGGUGUGGGACGUGCCAGCCAUGCCUGAGGAAGAUCAGCUGCGGCCAGUGCAGCUGUUGCCUCAACCGCAGGACUGGCCACCAGAUCUGUAAGCUGAGAAAGUGUGUGGAACUAAAGAGAAGAAGAGUUUCAUCCCCGCUCACUCUGUCUGCUGCACUGGUGGUUCCAGAAAGUGGGUCGGUAAAUGGCAAAGGCAAGGCACAGAUGGAUGACACCCACAUGGCAGCAGAGGAGGAUGAGGGGGAGGAAGGCCACAUACCUCAUACACAAGCUCCCCCCAUUACCCACUUGCUCACCCACAACCUGGCCUCGGACCAACGGCCAGCACUUAUUAAAAGAGAGCCUGGGCUGGAGCUGACCAGCAUUGCACUUCACCAACACGUAUGCUCUUCUGUGACUUUUCAGAAUGGUUCUGCUGAGAACCUGACAAAACCCAAUGGUGCUAAAAUGACUACGGGGUCACAGUCUGAUCUAAAGUCUGCAUAUCAAAGGACUAUGAUGGCAUCAGAGUCUCAAAGGACUAUAAUAGCUGCCAUCCCUAAAGACUGCUCUGAGAAUGGACCCAAGACUCCUCCAGAUGACAUGUCAGUUCCACUAAAGAAGAUCAAACUGGAGGAGCCGUGGGUGUGGAUCACUGAACAGGCCACCACAAAGCUGAGUGAUGAGGAUGAGGUCUGCGAAGACUCGCUAUCCACGCUGGCGGCUGUGGUGUGUCUGUCUGUCACAGAGAGGAAGGGACUGGAGGAGAAACUUUGCAGCUCACGUUCUUCCAUUCUUUGCUCCAUCAAAACUGAACCACCAGAUUUGCACUUUGUUAAAAAAGAGCCAGAGGACUUGAAGAGUGACUUGUGUCAGAAAAGCACUCCUGUUAGCCUGCAAAGGACUCCCCAGACUAUCAAAAGUGAACCUCCUCCAAAUGUCUUGCUACCAAGUGUGCAGUCUUUGGCAGAGAGGAGAAAUCUUAGUUUUGAUCAGGCUAUUGCUAUUGAGGCCUUGACUCAACUGGCAGCUAUACCUCAAAGCAUCCCAGGGUCCAAUAAAGCUGAAAGUAAGUGUGAACAUCCCAUUUCUGCGGCUGCCCCGCUUACAACCUCCAAUACAAAUACACCCCUGCAAGAAGCCAAACCCACAGCAGCUAUCCGCUACAACAAAGUCUCGGUCAUCAGCUCACCACUUCACCAGACGUCAGUCAUACGCCCUCCUGUGGCCAGACAAGGGAAUGUCAUCCAGUGCUCCCAGGGGCCGAGCCCCAGCACAAAGCUGUCUCUGCAGGACCUCUUAGAGGCCAGCUCAGACAGUGAUAGAAGACCCUUUAGGAGGACAGAACAGGGCUUUGGCUCUCAUGUCAUCAAGUCGGAAUGCAGCUAUAAAGAUCCCAGUGACAUAAAGUUCAGUAAAGAUCAUGAGCGGUUGUUCGGGGAGGACAGAGAGAGGGUUGUUAAAAUGAGAAACAGAGAUGAGGAGGAGGUGGCAGCUCAACUGGCAGACCUGGCCUUCAUCAUCCAGUCCAGACACAACCUGCAGUCGGAGAACAAUCCUCCAAAAGGAAUGCCUGUAUCAGCCAUCAAAUACAACUAUAACUCACAGCUACCCCCCAUUCAGAAAAAGACCCUCACAAAGAAAACAAAAGCAACCCCUUCCAAGCCCAGGAAGAAGAAGAUAAGUGAUGGACUACAAGAGGGAAUCAACCGCAGGACCCCCCUCUCAAAACGCAUGCCAAAUGGAGAGACGCACCACAGGAGCAGAGGCCAGAAGACCCUACCGCAGGGGAAAUCAGGUCUUCCCCACAAGAGGAACCUGUUCCUGCCUCAGGCUCAAAUUGACCUGAAGAGAUACUUAGCUGAAGCUCAGGAGGAAGAGAGGCAACUCAUCUAUCACAGUCACGCAAACAACACAGCCCUCUUAGGGCCGCAGACUCAGAACUACGGCACUCUCACAAGGGUCAACCACACUCUUGGUCAAGAGAACCAGCCAUGGUCCCUUUCAAAUGGUCCACUCCACCACCACAAUCCAUGCAAUGGUCAUGCUGCAGGACCGGGGCAGGAGUGUGAAAGGCGUUUGUUUACUCAGGUAGCGCAGCAUGGUGCUGAUCCUAACCCCAGCCCAGCCAAUACUGCUUUCCUCAGCCACACCACUGGGUAUCCCGGUAUGGCUAAUGGCUUCUCGGGGGCACGGCAGUCCCCUCCUCCAAGUCAGCAGGGCUACUACAAGCUGGAGAGGUCUGGACCCAUUACUGUCCUGUCCACGUCUACUGAUGCGGAUCCGGGCCACUCUGCGGAGUCAACUCCAUCCAAGAACAGCGUCAACAGCUUUCUGGAGUCUCCUAUGAGUUUUCUGGACACCCCUACCAAGAACCUGCUCAAUACACCUUCCAAAAAACUGGCCGAUCUUCCAUCCUGUCAAUGCAUGGACCAAAUCAUUGAAAAGGAGGAAGGCCCUUACUAUACUCACCUUGGGGCAGGACCUAGUGUCGCUGCAGUGAGGGAACUGAUGGAGAACAGGUAUGGUGCCAAAGGAAAUGCAGUAAGGUUGGAAGUUGUUGUUUACACUGGGAAGGAAGGAAAGAGCUCCCAGGGGUGUCCGAUAGCUAAAUGGGUGAUCCGGCGUAGCAGCGAAGAGGAGAAGCUGCUAUGUUUGGUCCGCCAGAGGCCAGGGCACCACUGUGACUCUGCUGUGUUGGUCAUUCUCAUCCUGGCAUGGGAGGGAAUCCACCGGCCGGUGGCAGACCAUCUCUACCGGGAGCUCACAGAUACCCUCUUUAAAUACGGCUCCCCCACCAGCCGCCGCUGCGCCCUCAAUGAAGAUCGUACGUGUGCGUGCCAGGGUUUGGACCCGGACACCUGUGGAGCUUCAUUUUCCUUUGGCUGCUCCUGGAGUAUGUACUUCAAUGGCUGUAAGUUUGCCCGCAGCAAAGUGCCCCGCAAGUUCCGCCUGAUUGGAGACUACCGGGAGGAGGAGGAGAAAAUAGAGAACAAUCUUCAGAGUCUUGCCACUGACCUCGCACCACUCUACAAGAGACUGGCUCCUGAAGCCUUCCAAAACCAGGUGGAAAAUGAGGAGGCAGGUGGAGACUGCCGGCUGGGCCGGAGGGAGGGACGUCCUUUUUCAGGAGUCACAGCCUGUGUGGAUUUCUGUGCUCACGCUCACAAGGACACUCAAAACAUGAAUAAUGGCAGCACUGUAGUUUGCACUUUAACCAAGGAAGAUAACCGUGCAGUCCGCAACAUACCAGAAGAUGAGCAGCUCCACGUUCUGCCACUAUACAAGAUCUCUGACAGGGAUGAGUUUGGUCAGGUUGAAGGACAGUGGGCCAAGAUGCAAAGUGGUGCUCUACAAGUUCUAUCUUCUUUUCCCCGAGAGGUGCGUCUACUGGCUGAGCCAGUGAAAUCAGCCCGUAAGAUAAGGCAAGAAGCUCGUCUGAAAGCUCAAGCAGAGCGGCUUGAGAAGAAGCUUGGACUGACCCCUCUCACUCCUGCGAAAAUGAAAAGUGAAACCCCCAACAAAGAGCCACAGGCCUAUUACAGCUCUUACAAACUACCACCCAGACCUGCCAGCGUUGGAAGGUACCUACCGGAGAGGAACCAACCCAGCACUUACAGCCAGAGCACCAGCAGCUAUCCUACUCCGGGUGCAGGGGUCACCCCACAGAGGGAGAUCAUCUCCCCCAACCACCACGGCCUGCCUGGCCUCCAGUUUGGACAGAAUGGUUUAUCUCUCACUUAUAAGACAAUGAGUGAUGCCAUGAAUGGUGAUUCUCCAGCAUCUGGUGACCAGAGUGUUCCCAAAAAUCAGUUUGGGCACCCAUUUGAACGUAUACCUCCACAUAAUGCCCUUAGUGACUACCCCCACACUUUUAAAACUGAGCCCAACGAGGUGCACUGCUCUCCUCUGCGGAGACCCUCCCCCAGUGGGAGUGCUCCUCCUCCCUCCUCCUUCUCCCCCAGACCUACCUCUGAGGGCCUCUUCAGCAGGCUCAAUGGACUCCACAGGGCUGCAGGAGAUGUCGGCGCAGAGGUCAGGGGCCACGGCCUCGCUCCGCUCUCAUCUCUCCCCCUUCCCCCACAAACGACCCCCGUUGAACCAGAGGAAGUUAAGCAGGAAGAGGUGUGGUCAGACAGCGAGCACAACUUCCUGGACCAUGAUAUAGGCGGAGUAGCCGUGGCACCCUCACACGGCUCCAUCCUGAUAGAAUGUGCACGGCGGGAGCUCCACGCCACCACCCCUAUCCUCAGGCCGAACCGGAGCCACCCCACGCGCAUCUCCCUGGUCUUCUACCAGCACAAGUCCCUGAAUGAGCCAGGCCACGGGAUGGCUAUGUGGGAUGCUAAAAUGGCCAAGCGGGAACGGGACAGGGAGGAGGAGGCGGAGAGAUUAAGGAUGGAGGAUAGUCUGAGCAAAGGGGUGGGGAAGAAUGGCAACGGAGGUGUGGAGCUAGAGGGGGAAACAGGGGAGGAGGCAGAAGAGAUGAGGAGGAGGAUGAAUGUUCCCACACGUCAAGCAUGGACUCUUCCGAGGGAUGGUGUCAUCACCGUGUCCCCUUACGCUCUUACCCAAGUGACGGGCCCCUACAAUCGCUGGACUUAAUCAACAUGUUUUACACACACACACACACACACACACACACACACACACACACACAUACACACACACACACACAGAAAACUCCUACACCCUGUGCUUCUGCCUUACCUCAGUCAACUUCAAACUGCUACUCUCAUUUUUAUGUCGUUUUCAUUGUGCUUUUCUAAUAUCUCUUUGUUCACUUUGUCCUCCUUCGUCUCUGCCUUCGAAGUGAUGAGGAAGACCAAAGUUUGUUGGCUUUUUAACUGUGAGUUUUCGGUGUUGGUUUUUAUUGUAAAGAGAUGGUGCUUUGAAGCAUUUUAAAGAUGUUGUUAAACUGGUUUUAUAUACAUGAUUAAGAACAAAAAAGAUGUGAUUAUUUAUUCUGAUCAUAACGAUUUCUAUUUAAUUCCUGGUGUAAGCCUGUUUACUGCAAGAUUUCUAUGAUAACCUGCAUUAUGUGUUGACGCUCAGAAUUUAUGUUGUACAGUAGGACUAUGCUCUUUAUUUCAGCCAGUAGUUCUCUUUUCAUGAGAUGAAUCUUAUUGGCUUUUACAUUGGUGCCAUUCUCACUGUAACCUUUUGUUAAGCAAACGCAUACAUUACAUAAUGUAGAAAACAAGACUAAUAUCAUGCAUAUAUUUACUACAGAUUGUCACAUGUAGCAUCGUGCUUUUCCUUCUGCUGCCUCUGACUUCUGCUGGCAGUCGAUGAAUGAAAUGUACUUCUUUGGUUUGUUGUUUUGUUUAUUUUUCUCCACGUCUGGAUGGUUUGUCUUUUAUUCACAGAUUAUGUAUGGCAUAUUAAGAAGCACUUUUUUAUUUUCCUAAACUUAACUUGAAAAGGUCCCAAUCCAUAGGCCUAAAUAUGUAUGUACAGAUAGAGAUAUAUAAAGCCUCUUUCACACAUAGUUCCCGGUAAAUUAUUGGGAUAACCUUUCAGGCACCGCUAGUGAUUUUCGCUAUUCACACACGCAGCUGCAUUCAGGAACAUUUCCGUCUUGCGCCUUUUCACACAUGCUAUGGUAAUGCCGGAAUAGAUAGGGCAAGGGAUAGUCCAACAGAUGGCGGUUAAUGCAACACUUAUAGAUGCCAACCGCCAUAAAAAUCAACAGAAGAAGAAGGUGAUAAGGUGGCAAGGCCGGAUGUACGUGUAUGCAGCGGAAGGCAUGUCCAGUUUCCAGCCAUUUUUGGAGAAAAAAAGAGCUUGUUUUCAAACAAAAGAACUUAUUCUAUUGCUUAUCGUAUUGCUUGUUAGUCAUCAAAUCACCCGCGAAAACAUUGGCAAGGCAACUAGUCGCGGAUUCAAAUGCAUCAUUAGCAGAGUCUUGUGAUUGGUGCUCGCUUCACGUGAAAGCAUCUUUCGUCAGACGGACGUAACCCUUUACAUGCUUGUCCCUGCGAUGUUACUGCUUUCAUUCACAACACAGCCGUACUGGCAUUUUCCCUGAAGGUGGGAAAGAUACAGAUUUCCCUGAAAUUCGAUCCCUGCUCCCAUUUAAACACAUGACCCCAUACAGGAAAUGUUCCUGAACAUUUCAGGGAUAGACUGCAUGUGUGAAAGGGGCUUAUGACAGUUUAGCAUGAACCCUGUUUUAUUUCACAGUAUUUCUGCUUUUUUUUUUUUUUUUUUUUUUGGAUUGAAAAUGGCACACAUAUCUAAGGAAGUUCACUCUCAUUAAAAACUCAAGCAUAGCAUAAUAAGCAUAAUGAGGAAUCAUAAAAUGCUGCAACAAUAAAGUGUUCAUCAUUGUUGGCACUUACUUGAUGUUCACCUUCUGAAAAAAAUGAAUCAAAAAAAUUCAGAGGGCACAAACACUUGAUCAUAGGAUUACGAAAAAUCUGACUUACUGUACAUGUUCAUGGUGCUAAUGAGAUCUCUGUUAUUUUCUUUACAGAAAUCACAUGUCAGAUGUGUCAACUGAAUAUUGCCAGUUUUUUAUGUCCAUACUCUUGAGUACAAAACUGUGUUAGUUAAUGCUGAAUCAUCCAGCUAUUUCUUCUCUUGCCUCCUCUCUGCUUUUGUUGGAAAACCACUCAUAAACAGUCAUCGGAUCCCACUCAAACUUUUGCCUAAGACGAUUUCGGGUGCUCGACCCUUGUGAAGCCUUUGUUUACAGAUAGCUUUUCUUACAGGGUCUGAAUAAGGGGGGUUGUUGUCAACUCCUGGUGAAUCAGGAUUUUAUUUUUUAUUACCCACGAAAGAGAAGCUCUUCAUUUUAAGAACUCACCAGUGAAAUUUCAGCACAAAGACCUUUCACUGAUAUUCACACUAACACUGGUGGUAUAACAUUUUCUUUGAGAAAACGUAUUGGUUAUUUUUACACUUUAACUUCCUUUUGGUGCUAAUAGGACAAGAUGUCAAGGUCGAUUCAUUGACUCAAACUGGUUUUAUACUGAACGGUGAUGGUAUGGUGCUCUUUGGAAACUCAGCACACACUGAUCUUGUAUAUACUUCAACACAAAGGUAGUUUUAUCAUUUCUUUGGAUGAUUACUGACUGACAACAGACUGGAUUGCUGCAGUAUCUCACCUUUGAUCAUGAUGUUUCUCAAGUACCAGUAAAAUGCAAAUUAUUGUUCAUUUAGAGUCGAAAAGUCUUCCACAGAUAACCAAACUCUCCGACAAUUCUCAAAUGGUUAGUUGGGAAAAUCACAACAUACACAGAAAAUGAAAUGAAUGUAAACCGUUUUAAAUCAGUUGAUUUAGAAAUAACAUUUUGAAUAUCGCAAAACAAAGCUACAGUUGUAAAUGUGUCUUUUGAUUCAUUGUGGAGACGUUCUCGGUCCACAUUACGCAAGUACAUUGAAAGUCUUUUUUUAUCAAUGAGGAACUAACAACUAGCACCAGCAUUCAAAAAUCUGAAAAAAAAACUUUUAUUAGUAGAAAAUGUGUAAAUAUGUAUGUGAACCAUAUUGUUUUACUGUACUGUUAAUGGUGUUUAGAUAAUGGAUGAUCUUGCUUAUUUUGAAACUGAAUUACUGUACGUUGCUGAAAGUAUAUCCAGUUUAGACUUGAGAAGAGACUAAAUUUAGCAUUCCUUUUACGGAUGGCUGAUCUCUUUCGGGAUUGUGAAAUAAAGUCAUAUUUAUA